UAUAUUAUUUUCUUGUUGUAAGAAAUUACAGAACAACAUUUCUAUCAAAUUAUAGCUCAUAUUAAGCUCACGUUAUUGUUUCUCUCGCUCCCUUCGAAAGAGAAAACUACUCUGAAACAUGGCAACAAGAAGAAGAAGAACAAGUUUUCUUCUCUUGCUUCUUGCAUCUCUCUUUCUUCUUUCAUCUUCUUCUUCGACGGAUUCAUUCCUUUUAGGAGGCUGUACACAACAAAAAUAUGCACCCGACUCACCCUACGAGUUCAACCUCAACUCACUCCUCACUUCCCUUGUCAACUCAGCCACCUACUCCUCCUUCAACAACUUCACCAUCCUCGGCUCCUGCCCGCAGGACGUCGUGUACGGGCUCUACCAGUGCCGGGGCGACCUCUCCAUGCCCGACUGCGCCGCUUGCGUGAUACGUGCCGUCAGUCAAGUGGGCGGGUUGUGCCCGCAAACGUGCGGUGGAGCUCUGCAACUAGAAGGGUGUUAUGUGAAGUAUGACAACGUGACGUUCUUGGGGGUGGAGGAUAGGAGUGUAGUGUUGAAGAAAUGUGGGCCGUCGGUUGGGUAUGAACCAGAGACUAUGAGCCGUAGAGAUGCGGUCUUGGCGGCCUGGCCAGUGCUGCUGGACCUAAUAAUAUUUUAA